CACAAACAUACUUAGGUAGCACAACUGUGUACAACAGAUAUACUGCUGCUAUACAGUUAUUCAGAAGCGAUGCAGCUCUUGUGUAUUGCAGCUUUACUUUUGACAGCAGUGGCUGCUAAGCCAGACUCGUGGAGGCCAGGGCAGAAUGGACCCAAGCUAGAUGCAGUUUCUAAGCAUGGUGACGAUGAGCGGUCAUUGACACCAGCCCCAGAAGUUGGAGAUGGAGGGUCAGGUGUAGUAGACCGGCCAUUUGGACAGAGAGGACCUUCAAAAAGCAUGAACCCCAACAGGAGGAACCCCGGUGCAAUGGCAUUUUCCCUCAUGAUUAAGAUUGACAACGUGACAUUUCAGAACACUUCUGCUGUGGCCCUGAAGGAGGGGGAGAACAUAUUUCUGAUGCCGAAGGGAGGAAAACACGGGCCUCCAAAGGAUUGGCAAUAUGUGAAGCUCAUCUACAACACCACAGUGCCGAACAAAGUCUCCCUUCAGUUUGGGGUUUUGAAACUCGCUCCUGGUUUCAUGUCUGAUGAGCCCAGCAAGGUAUCUGGGAAACAGAGACAACCUGCCGGAGGCAAGGGGAAGAACCCCGGUGCAAUGGCGUUUUCCCCUGUGUUUAAGGUUGACAAUGUGACCUUUCAGAACACUACUGCUGUGUCCAUGAAGGAGGGGGAGAACGUAUUUUUGAUGCCAAAGCACGGUGGAGGAGGACCUCACCACAAUAAGGGAGGAAGACACGAGCCUCCGAAGGAUGGGCUGUAUGUGAAGCUCAUCUACAACACCACAGAGCCGAACAAAGUCUCCAUUGAGUUUGGUGUUUUGCAACCUAUGAACCUUGGUGAAUUUGUUGGAGAUGAAGACAGUCCAGAAAAAGAGAACUAACCUUCAAAUG